ACGCACUCAACCUAUAAUGCUGACUAGCGAGCUAGCUGCCGACACAACGCCAGCUGAGAGUGAAACGACGGGAGGAGAGCGGAACAGAUGAGAUUCAGGAGUAAUAAUAAAAUGUGUCGGGGCCGGGCUCUUGUCACCGGCUCGGUUCUGCUGCUGGUCCAGCUGCUGUGUUUGGAGGCAGUGCCCAUCAGUAUGGACAAGACUAAAGUCAAGGAGGUAGAGGGGAAAAAAGAAGAGCCCCCUGCUAGUGUGGAUACUGGACUCCACUACGACCGCUACCUCAGAGAAGUGAUUGAUUUUCUAGAGAAAGAUCAGCACUUCAGAGAAAAGCUCCACAAUACAGACAUGGAGGACAUCAAGCAAGGCAAGCUGGCCAAAGAACUGGACUUUGUCAGCCAUCAUGUUCGAACAAAGCUGGAUGAGUUGAAGAGGCAGGAGGUAAACCGACUCCGAACUCUGAUUAAGGCCAAGCAAGAUAUCGAAGGAGGGAAUGACAUAGCUGUGGACCACCAGGCUCUGCUGAAACAGUUUGAGUACUUGAACCACAUGAACCCACAUACAUUUGAAGUGGAAGACCUUGAUCGGCUCAUCAAAUCGGCCACUAAAGAUCUGGAGAACUACGACAAAGAGAGACACGAUGAGUUCAAGAGGUAUGAGAUGACGAAAGAGCACGACAGACGGGAGCACCUGAAAACACUCAAUGAGAAUGAAAGACAGAAAGAGGAGGAGCACUAUCAGGAGUUGAAGAAGAAGCAUGCUGACCAUCCUAAAGUCAACCACCCGGGUAGCCAGAAUCAACUGAAGGAGGUGUGGGAGGAAGCUGAUGGCCUGGACCCUGAAGAUUUUGACCCUAAGACCUUUUUCAACCUGCAUGAUACCAAUGGAGAUGGCUUUUUUGAUGAACAGGAACUGGAGGCAUUGUUCACCAAAGAGCUGGAAAAAAUAUAUGACCCCACCAAUGAAGAGGAUGAUAUGGUGGAGAUGGAGGAAGAGAGGCUACGAAUGAGAGAGCAUGUUAUGAAUGAGGUGGAUUCUAACAAAGACAGGCUGGUCUCUUUAGAUGAGUUCCUAGUUGCUACAAAGAAAAAAGAAUUCCUGGAGCCAGAUAGCUGGGAGACCCUGGAGCAGAAUCAGGCUUACACGGACGAGGAGAUGAGGGAGUUUGAGGAGCAUCUUGCUCAGCAGGAACAGGACCUCCACAUGAAGGCUGUUGACCUCCAGAAACAGAGAGAUGAGCUGGAGAGACAACAGGACCAGCUUAAUGCACAGAAAGUUGAGCUGCAACAGGCAGUUGAUCAUAUGGAGCGGCUGAAAUCACAGAAAGUAGAACCCCCUCCAGAGGUUCAUGUUGAAGGCAACGCUCUCCCAGAAAUACAUGCAUUUGAUGACCAGUUACAUCAUGAACAAAAGGCCCAACAAGCCCAUCAACCUGAACAUCAAGCUGCCCACGAUACACCUCAGGAACAUCAUAAACCUCCAAAUCAAAUUCUAGCCCAGCAAGGUCUUCCUCAGACACACCAGGAUCUGCCCCCAGGCCACCAGGAAGCAGCACAAGGCCGAAAUAAUGUACCAUAACAGUGCUGUCUAAACUCCUCCAAGCAGCAGACUUGGAGCUGCAGCUCCACCUCAACAAGCAGAGGAGCAGUCCAGUAUUAGGUCUCUUAACAAGCAUGACUUGGGGGUUUGGAGGACUCUUUUAAGAUGGCGAGCAGCUCAAAAGGAAUCCCUGUUGACUGAUUCCAGUGUUUGAUUUAAAAAAAAAAAAAUGUAAUCUUUGGAUUACAGAACAUAAUAACAAAAGUUAAACAAAAAAAAACAAGGACAUUUUAAACUGUGCAAACUUUACAUGAGCAAUGAAAAAAAGAAUGUUUGGUAAUACAGUAAUACAAAAAGUAUGUUUUUGUUGAGCUGUCUAUACCUGCUGUUACAAGUACAGAACCUCUGAAAAUGACAUGCAAGCUGCCUUUGUGAGGUCGUAAAGUGGAGUAAGGAGUAAAACAUAUGUUUCAUUUUAUCAAUGUUCUUUUGAAAAGACGCCCUAUAGCAAUUACAACCAGUAAAAACCACCAGUAUAAAGCAUUUUGAUGCACUAACUGGAACCCUUUUUUUUUUAAAAGGUUCCCAGUUAGUGCAUAAUUUUUCAAAUAUAAGUUUGGAUGCAGACUAAGUGUCAUUUAAUCAUUAUCUACAAGGGUCCCGUGAGAUUUCUGCAAAAUUGUAUUUCUGUCAUAUUUAGCUGCAACCAGAAACACUUCCAUGAGUUCACGCUGCUCAAAGUUCUUAUUCUCCAGUGAAGAAUUCAUUUAAUAAAAUUGUAAUUUCUUUGAUUAUAAAGGAUGUGUAUUGAUUUUCAUAUCCUGUCAGUUGUUUACUACAGGUUCUCAGCUGUAGAAAAUGCGUGCUCUGCCUAAAAAGACAUUGGGAUCAGGACUACAGACAUGGGCUGUAUUUAGAGCACUCAGCAGCUGUUCUCCAUGGACUUUAAUGUUUCAUUAAAUAAAGGUUAUACAUUUCUAGAAAUAGAGAAAGAUAAGGAACACUCCUAUCUCCAACAAACGUUUUGCCCUACUUCGUCACCACUGAAGUCCCUCAGAUACUUGAAGAGGAGAGUUGGUUGUCUGAAUGAUGGAUUUGCUUUGCGACAUUAAAAAGUCAGAUGGGUGUUUUGAUUUCCAUUUUGUUGUUCAUGCACAAAAAUGUGUGUGUGUGACAUUUAUUUAUGAGUUGAUCAUUAUUGAUCAUGACUUUGGAUUUGUUUAUAGGAACAGUUUUGAUGUUUAGCAGCUAAUUUCAUUAAUUACAGUGAAGGCUUUUAUUCUGGAAUCGUUGAAGCAACUAAUGGAUUUGUUCAAUUAGUUUGGUUCUUUUGAGGACUUGAUCAUAAAAAAGGGGCAAAUCUCUUAGUUGGUAAAAGCUAAACCAGAUAUUAAGUGUCUAACAGUCCAACACUUGUUCAGUAUUCAGUUGUCAUCUUUGUAUUUAGCACACGAUAUGUUGGUGGCAUAUUUUCCACCUGACUGACCUUUUUUUGUGUAACUGCUAUGCUUUUCAGGUUUCUUCAUAUGUUGUGGUUUCUUCAAGCUGCCAGACUAUUUGCCUUGCUGAAGAAGGCGCCAUUUGCAUCCAGUGAAAUAACAUGUCUGCCUUAUUGUGGAUUUACUUUUUAAAACGUUUGAUUUGUUUUCUGUGUGCCAAGUCGAUCCUACGAGACAAUACUGCAUUAUAUUUUGCACAAAACAUAUGGAUGGCGUUCUGCGGUCGCUUUGCUGCUGGAUAAAAUACAUUUGACAGACCUGUUCACCUCAGAUCAUGACAAUAAAGCAGUUUUACCUUUCA